AAGAACCUUUUUUAUUUAAAAAAAUAUAUAUAUAUUUUAUUAGGUGUACAUGUAAUAACUGUGCAAAAAUGCCAAUUGAAGAGGAAAACAUCUGCUGCAAAGAAAUACAGAAGGUUGUAAAACGAAUGAUGGAGGUUCCAGACCCUCCUAAAUGUAUGGUUGAGCAUCCAGGUUUUGAACCAAACUGCUUAAAUCCGUAUACUUUGCAAAAUAUCAAUAAUAUUUACAGAGCCGACUAUGGACCAGUGAGACGCAGAAAUGAAGAGGAGCGUUUCCGUUAUCUGGCCUAUCGCAGCUUUGUCAGCUGGUGCUGGGGCUACCUAGGACGUAGUGUGAGGGUUGUCAUCCCCUCAUGUGUUGUUAACCGGAUCCGUCUACAGUUUCCUGAUCCAGCGGGACAGUAUGUUGGGUUCCGGCCACCCCUCGACUGAAUCGUGACACACGCUGGGCAAUCACCUCUUCUUUGGAAGGUUUUUCAUACUGUGAUGACAGAGGAGGUGGAAUGGGGAUUGCAUGCAGCUCUUCCGCAUAUGGCUUGGGGUCCACAAAGACUUUAUGUAACAGAAGGCUCAUAAGGUCAUCCA